AGGUCAUUUUAAUUUCUUCUGCUUUAUUUGCUUCAUUUGAGGAUCCGGGUUCUGUCUUUUGGAAGAAAGCCAAAACUAAACCAAGGGGUUAGACACAUGUUUAUGCAUAUGCUGAUGAUGCCAUCCUGUUUGUUCAGGUUUUGCAUAAAUAAGGCCCCAUGAUGAGCUCCUUCUGCACUUCUUCUUCUUGGUGUUUGUUGCUUUGCAGCAUCAGGUGAACAUCUGGGACCAUGAUUAAACCACGAUGGAUGAUCCUCGUCUGCUUUUCCCUGAUCUCAGUCUUUGGGACAGGAGAGAGUUUGACAAUUAAAUCAUCUAACAUUUUGGCACCAAGUUCUGCAGCAAUUGCUGAGAUGAACAAAGCGAUCGCCAAUCUGAAUGCCACCUUUAAAAAGAUCGUAGCUCAAAGAGGGAGAAUCUCAUGUCCCUGCAAUGCGUAUACCCUCCAAGCUUGUAACAACCAAAAAGAUAUUCUAAACCGAGGACUGAUUUCAUGUGGUUCACAGCUGAGCUCAGCGAAUGCCCAGAGAAGCUCACUGCAGCAACAAGUGAAUGACCUCAACUCACAGCUGAGGUCAGAGAUUGCCCAGAGAAGCUCACUGCAGCAUGAAGUGAAUGUCCUCAGGUCCCAGUGUCGUAGAUCAUGGGACGGGGGUCCACAUUAUCCUAUUGGAUGGACAUAUUUCCGUGGAAGUAUUUAUUACGUCUCUACAACCACUGCUAACUGGCCGGCCAGCAGAAACUACUGUUUGUCAAAGGGAGCAGACCUGGUGGUCAUCAAUGAUGCUGAUGAAAACAAUUUCGUCAGAGGAUUUAACCGCAAGGCCUGGAUUGGUCUGUACAAAUCAGGAUACGCCUGGAGAUGGGUGGAUGGAAGUAUCCUAUCUCCUAGUGUCAGCUAUUGGGCUCCAAGAGAACCUAACAAUCUUAGAAACCGGGAAGAUCGUGUGGAACUGAAGUUCUACAACCAAGUCAGGAGCUGGAAUGAUGAACCGUGGACCACUAGUAACUUCUGGAUCUGUGAAAAGAAAGUUUAGUGGAAACACUGGAAACUUUCUGAUCAUUCAGUAACUAUAGCUUGAUGUUUGCUGAGGUUUAAACCUUGAUGCAGAUCAUCUGCUGUCCUUUCUGCUUUACUUUUCAGACAUAAUGAAAACAUAUUAAUCUGUGGGUAUAAUGGGGUUGAUUAAGGAAUUUAAUCUUUUACUGCUACUGCAUACUUUUCUGUGGCUCAAUAAAGCAUCGCAAAAUGAA